CUGGUGGAUAGUGGGGGGAGUAGUCCCUGGGUGGACAUGCUGGUGAUUAUACUUCUUGUCCGGUACAGAUGGAGAGAAGCAGAAGAUGGAUCCGUUACCUGUGAAGGUGAAGGGUCACGACCUCUCUAAAGAGGAAAAGCUUCGCCUACGGAAGGAGAAGAAGCUGCAGAAGAAGGGUAAGGAGAAGACGGCCGCACCGCCGGGGGCUCGACACCAGGGGGUCCGGGGAGCGCCCCCCAGAGAGUGGACGCCUCUCUGCCCUCAGUUGUGCCUCCUGUCGCUGCGCCCCCUGCUGCCAUCACGUCUGAGCCACCAGCCGGAGGAAGGAGCAAGGCAGAGCUGCGAGCGGAGAGGAGAGCCAAGCAGGAGGCGGAGCGCGCCCAGAAGCAGAGCAAGAAGGCGGAGCCAAGUGCAGGACCCGCCCCCGCCAAGGUGAAAGCACCGCCCCCUGAGGGCCAAAUU